CAUUAUCCAAUUUCUUUCUAUUCUUCUUUGUUUCCCGUUUCUAGAAUUUUCAUUCAAUACCAUCUCAUUUCAAACCACCAACUCCAUUCAUACAUCAUUCCUCGUCCAAAAGGAAAAAUGAUACACCUCUAAAAGCUCUCUCAUAAUUUCACAUAUGUAAUUGAGGAUUAAUUGGGGUUUAGGGUUAGUGCUCUAAGGAAGAGGAUGAGUACCCAUUUCUUAUUGAGACUCUUUGAGAUUCAACCGUUGCUGCUUCAUCUGCUUCUCCCGGAGACGUUGGAGAGCAAAAUUAGCCGGUCUUCAUAGUGAUUCCCAGUCAGCUGAGUAGCAAGUUGUUAGCACAUUCAAAUCUUCAUCAGUCUCACUCUUUUGGUAAGAAUGCCACCCAAGACUAGAAACAUUAAUAGAAGAGAAGUUGUUGAUGAGUCUGUUGCCGAACCUCAAGAAUCCCGUCAAAGAGGUCGAGUUCGUGUUCGAGGUCGACGUGGGGGUAAUGUUAGAGGUCGCGGGGCUAAUGCAAGUGGACGUGGUUUGGCUGCAGAAGUAUUCAAUGUUGAGGUGCCUAGAGGGAGGCGAGGAAAUCCAGCCAUGGAAGAAUAUAAUGCUGGUUUACUGGGAUUACAACAGAUUGUACAACAACUUGCUGGGGUUGUGGGACAACAACAACAACAACAGGGUAAUCAAGGGCAGCCAGCUGUUGGUGGUCAGCAAGAAGUUGGACAGGGUGAGCAGCAUGAGACAACUCAAGCAAGAGGGAUUGAGGUUACUUUAGAACAAUUCAUGAAGCUUAAACCCCCUACUUUUUCUGGGUCUGAUGCAAGUGAGGACCCACAACGUUUCAUUGACGGUCUAGAGAGGUUAUGGAGAGCAUUAGGAUGUUCAAAUAUAAGGGCAGUUGAAUUGGCAUCAUUUCAGUUGGAGGGUGUGGCAUAUGAUUGGUUUGAUACGGUGCCACAUGGAAGAGAGGUGGGAUCACCUCCAUUGGCAUGGGAUGAGUUCUGUCGAUUGUUUAUGGCCCGUUUUCUCCCAGAAAGUGUUAGAGAUAGUUUGGCUCAUGAGUUUGAGCGAUUUGAGCAAACUGAGGGAAUGUCAGUUUCUGAGUAUAGUGCUCGUUUUACACAACUUUCUAGACAUGCUCGCUACACUGUCACUGAAGAGACGCGUAUCAAAAAAUUCGUUAGAGGAUUGAGAGAGUACUUGUUUAGAUCUGUGGUUGGGUCUAAAUGUUCCACUUUUGCUGAGGUUUUGAGUUUGGCACUUCAAAUUGAGUAG